AUGCAAAAACUCGCCAUCGCUUUCCUUACCAUCUCGGCUACUUCUGCCUUCCUUCUCCCAUCCGGAGGAGGCGGUGGAUGCGGAUGUGCUCCACCACCACCACCACCACCAUGCGGAUGCGGAGGUGGAGGCGGUCUCCCACCACUCCCACAACUCCCACCACUUUCCCUUCCAUCCCUCGGAGGAGGAGGCGGUUGCUGCCCACCACCAGCUCCAGCUUGCGGAGGAGGAUGCGGAGGAGGAGCUCCACCACCACCACCAGCCGGAUACGCCACCGCCCCAGCCGCCGGAGGAUAUGCUCCACCACCACCACCACCAGGACCAAUCGGAGGAGGAUCAUACGCUGGAGCCGGACCAAUCGGAGGAGGAGGCCCAAUCGGAGGAGGAUACGCUGGAGCCGCCCCAGCCGGAGGAGCUUACGCCGGAAAGAAGUAG